AUGGCAGAUACAGUGGAGGGAUUUCCAGCAAGAAAGGAUGGACAAGGGAAGAUUCAGAAAGUGUUUAGCCGCAUAGAUUCGCUUCAGUUGGAGGCUGGAAGAGUCUCCAACCUGUCCAACAAUGACCAACAAAAGAAAGCAAAUUGGGGAAGGCAUUUGAUCUUGGCAUUCCAGUGCGUUGGAGUUGUGUAUGGAGACGUCGGUACAUCUCCACUCUAUGUGUAUAACACUGUGUUCCCAACCACAGGCAGCCUCAGUAACACACAAGACUUACUUGGAGUCUUGUCUCUCAUCUAUUACACUCUCACACUUAUAACCUUGAUUAAAUAUUGUUUUAUAGUCUUAUAUGCCAACGACAAUGGUGAUGGGGGAACUUUCGCGGUUUAUUCCAAGAUAUGCCGCUACGUUAAGGUGAGUUUAAUUCCAAAUUAUCAGAAAGAAGAUGCAACACUGUCCAACUAUAGCGUAGACGUCCCUUCCUGGAAUACAAAGAGAGCUCAGUAUAUAAAAGAGAUAAUGGAGCAUAGCCGAGUAGUUCGUGUUGCACUGUUCAUGUGUGCUAUUGUUGGUACUUCCAUGGUGAUGGCAGAUGGUGUUAUUACUCCAGUAACUUCAGUGCUUUCUGCAGUGGGUGGAAUCCUGGUACCAGUGCCAACACGUAGUCAAGGUGUUGUUGUUGGAGUUUCUAUAGUGAUCUUGAUCCUUCUUUUUCUAUUUCAACAAUUUGGAACCGACAAAGUUGGUUUUACAUUUUCACCUAUAAUCCUCCUAUGGUUUGCUUUCAUUGGUGGCAUCGGUCUCUACAACCUGAUCAAAUAUGAUUAUACUGUUUUACGUGCUGUCAAUCCAUACUACAUCUAUGAUUAUUUCAGAAGAAAUGGCUUGGCUGCAUAUUAUUCUCUUGGAGGGGUUGUUUUGUGCAUCACAGGAACGGAAGCAAUGUUUGCAGACUUGGGUCACUUCAGUGUCCCAGCCAUUCAAAUUAGUUUCACCGGAGUUGUGUAUCCUGCAUUACUAUUGGCUUACAGUGGGCAAGCUUCAUACCUCACUAAAUAUCCCGGAAAUGUCACAACUUCUUUCUAUUCCAGUAUUCCUACUCCAUUAUUCUGGCCACAAUUUGUCAUAUCAGUUUUAGCAGCUAUUAUUGCAAGCCAAGCUAUGAUAUCUGCAUCAUUCGCAAUCAUAUCUCAAUCCCAAAGUCUGGGAUGCUUCCCAAGGAUUAAGGUGGUUCACACUUCAAAGAAAUAUGAAGGGCAGGUUUACAUCCCUGAGGUUAACUAUGCACUCAUGGUCACUACCGUCGCUCUAACAGCCAUCUUCCAAAAUACAGUAGCAAUCAACAAUGCAUAUGGUAUUUGUGUGGUUACUGUGAUGAUAAUCACAACAUCUUUGGUUAGCCUUAUAAUGCUUGUCAUAUGGAAGAUAUCCAUUAUAUGGAUCAGCCUCUUCUUCGUGAUUUUCGGUUCAAUAGAGCUAUUCUAUCUAUCCUCUGCAGUAACUAAGUUUGUACAAGGCGGAUGGAUUCCACUGGCAUUUGCUGUAAUUCUUGUGACCAUUAUGUGGACAUGGCAUUACGUUCACACUCAGAGAUACAAGUUCGAGCUGGAAAACAAAGUCUCCAGUGAUUAUAUAAGAGAUAUAGUUGCAGACCCAAAUAUAAAUAGGGUCCCAGGAAUAGGACUUCUAUGUUCUGAUCUUGUCCAAGGUAUCCCACCCAUAUUUUCCCAUUACAUUUCAAACAUACCAUCCAUCCAUUCAGUUCUAGUGUUUCUCUCGGUAAAGCAAAUCCCAGUGAGUACAGUAGCAUUGGAGGUACGUUUUCUAUUCCGUCAGGUUGAGCCCAGGGAGUCUCAGAUGUUCCGUUGUGUUGUUCGGUAUGGCUAUAAGGAUGUCGUCGUUAAACCGGAGGAUUUCGAGGAAGAGCUUGUUAAGAACUUGAAAGAAUUUGUUCGAAAUGAAAAUUUUAUGCACAAUGAGGAAUUAUUGAACUCUUCUGGCCAAUUCAGUGGAUCAAUUGUUAGUGCUGAAGAUGAGACACAGUUCAUUGACAAAGCAAUGGAGAAUGGGGUGGUGUACCUCUUGGGUGAACCAGAAGUGAUUACAACACCUAAUUCCUCUUUCUUCAAAAGGUUCAUUGUCAAUUAUGCUUAUAGCUUCUUGAGGAGGAACUUCAGGCAAGCAAAGGACUUGAUGUUCAUCCCCCCGACUAGAAUUCUCAAGGUCGGAAUGGUAUAUGAGAUAUGA